AUGCAACAUCACGAAAAAAUAGUUGAAUACUUCAAUUCUAGAGGGGUAUCGGCUAUUUUUCUAUUCAGAAAGAAUCUUUUACGCCGCAUGAUUUCAGCUGAGAUUCUUGCGAGUUACAAGCCCACGAUUAACACAACUUUGCUCAUACCAAACUUGAUGCAAGUCGAGGAUAUGGUUAACAAAUCCUUGCAAUAUUUCAAUAGCACUCGUCACAUUAUCCUAUACUACGAGGACAUCAUAAAGAAUCGAACUAAAUUGUUAGAUGUUCAAAAUUUUCUGAGGGUUCCAAUACAGAACCUAAAUAGUCGACAAGUGAAGAUACACAAAGGAUCCUUAUCUUCUCAGGUCGAAAACUGGGGAGAAAUUGAGAAUGCACUUAAGGGAACACGUUACGAAAGCUUCUUGAACGAGGAUUAUAAG